AUGGAAAAACAAAUUAACAUUCAGAUUUUUAUUAAAAUUUCUACUUUUGUCCUUAUAUUUUGGAAUUCGAAUUUUUACAAUGUAAGUGGGUUUAACAAAUCGUUAAAUGAGAACUACAUCAUUGAUAGAAAAAUAGGUACAAGAUUUUACCGGUUACUAGGAAAAUACAAACCGAAUAAGAAUUCAAGUAUUCUAGAGUUAAGAGAAAAGAUACCAAAUGAUGGAGUUAACGAAAAGGUAGAUAUAUGUAAUAAUGAAAAAGGAAAAACGGGGUUAAAUAAAAAAUUAAGUGAAAAUUGGUUAAAGAAUGUAAAAGGACGUAAUUUAACUAUGAAAAAUAAAUCAUGUAUAUUUGAAACAAAAAAAUAUUCCAAUAUAGAAAAAAAAAUAUUCAAAGAACUUGAUUAUGCAGAUUUUCUUAAAAAUAACAAGACAAUUAGUGGUAAAAUUUACAAAAAAAUAAUACUUAAAAAAUAUGGAUUACGAAUUGCUUUACCUAUAAUACUAUUUUUGUUGUUAAUAACAGUAUUAGUACUGGAUUUGUCAUGGGGCUUGUUGAAGGAAGAAAGUAUAUGGAAGGUAAUAGGUUUAGGUAAGGAUCAAUUAAAAGUAUUGGAAGACCCAUUAUCGUUCAUUUUAGAUCCUUUGUCAAAGUUAGAAUUUUUUAAGCACAAUACAUUUGGGGGAGCGACUGCUGGUUGUAGUUUGUGCACUGGUGUCGCUACUAGUGGAUUAAAAGUUAGUAAAACCUGCAUAUUAGGACAGUUAUUUGGACUUUUAAUAUAUGUCAUACCUUUCUUUAUUUUAGGUGUCACAGUUAUAUCAGCGAUUUUUUUUUACCAUAAAAAAGUUAAAAAAUACGAAAAAAUUAAGUUCAAGAAACAGUAA